ACGGCCCACUCAGGACCACAGCAGGCUGCUCACUAAUGACUUUAGACUCUCGGGCCUGCACAGUUUUUUAGACCGGUUUAACUAUUUCUAUUUGCAGUGUGACUUUCUACUGAAAUAGUGAAAUCGGUGCAAUCCCGAGGGUGGGCGCAGUUCUAUCGGGAUAAAGGUGCUUUGCAUCAGUGUAGGCUAUUCCCGUUCCCUACGGGAAUAAAGCACCUUUGCACCAAUACACGCCCACCCACACAGGUUUAUCUCUUUAACUACACCGGGUCUCGUUAAAGAGCUACAGUGUUUGUGUGUAGGCAAGGCCUGGGUAAAACAUAAGAUCACAGAAAUGUGGGCCUGGAAGGGAUCUCAGGAAGUCAUCAAGUUCAGCCCUCUGGACCAGAAUCAAACCUAGGGAGCUAAGUUGGUUGGGAAAUAAUUAACUUUCCCUGUCAAACAUUUUCAACAGAAACAGAGGGGAAAAAUCCUCUGUGUUGCAAUUUUUCAGAUUUUCACUGAAAACCACAAUGUUUCUGUGUCUGGGUUUUCCUGUUUUUCAGUGAAAACCCAACUGUUUUCAAGAGAAAUAGACUUUAUUUUGUGAAAAUCUCAGUUUUGUCAAAGAAGCUGUUUUCCUUCUGGAAAGCUUUUUGGAUUGACAUUUUCCCACCAACUCUCCCAGGAAGAAAUGGUGUACGGCACGCCUCCUCCUGCUCUCUGCACUGUCUCCUCUCCUCCUUCAUUCUUGCUUGGUUUUGCAGAAACUAUCUGAUGUUUCCAGCGGCGACUCCACAUCCCUAGAAACCCGUUUCUUGAGCAUUUUGUGCACCCGGAGUUACCCCCAUCUCCGCAGAGUGUUCCAAGAGUUCAUUAAAAUGACUAACCAUGACGUGGCGCACACCGUCCGGAAGCACAUGUCUGGAGACGUGAGGGAUGCCUUCGUGGCCAUCGUUCGGAGCGUCAAGGACAAGCCGGCUUUCUUUGCUGACAAGCUCUACGACUCCAUGAAGGGCAUCGGCACCGAUGAGAGAACCCUCACCAGGAUCAUGGUCUCCAGGAGCGAGAUCGAUCUGCUGAACAUCAGGCGUGUGUUCAAGGAGAUGCACGAGAAGUCGCUCCACCACAUGAUUGAGAAGGACACCUCCGGCGAUUACUGUAAAGCUCUGCUGGCCAUUUGCGGAGGGGACGACUAAGCUGCCCCGGGAGCCCUGUGAAAGCCCGUCCCUGUGUCUGAGCCAUCACGUGCACACAGCCUAGAUGUCACUGUCGCUUUUAGGGGGCUUCGGAGGACGUUCAGUUCCACUUGGAAGAAGAUUCACCUUGUGCUAGAAAAACGUACCACAGAAGAGUGUAACAUUGCAAGCAGUGCAGACCACCUGGGUGGUCUCGGGGUGGGGAUUUUAUGGGAGGGAGUGGGGGCGGGAUUAUUGCCUGAAUUGGUGCAAGAUGACUCGUAUCCAAACGUGUCACUAACCCAGGAAGUUACUGUGAUAUAAGAAACGUUUUAAACCACAGAAAUAAAACCUUCAUGUUGCUGACCAUG